AAAGUGAAAAGUAACGUGGCAUCGAAUCAUGCAUUGAUUGAAUUCUUGCCGGCCCAAAAUUCCAUCUGCACCACCUCGAAGAAUCACAUCAUACCAAUUCUCAAUUCACUAGAGAAGAAGAAGAGACACCAUUUGACAGCAUUCAGUAACACAAACACAACUUCAUUGGUUUCAAUGGCAGAAUCCAUCAACAGCAACAAAACACUUCAUCAAAUUGCAGUGGCAUUCAAAAACCUCGCCAACACUGUCUCCGAUUCUCAAUCCGCAGAGGUUGAAGUUGCUCCCUUCUCUCAUGCCUGCUCUCUCAUUUCCCCUCUCUUUGGUUCCUUAGGCAUCGCUUUCAAGUUCGCUGAGAAGGAUUAUGUUGCCAAGGUUAAUGAUCUAGCUGAGGCAUCAAAGUCGGUUCCGAAGUUACAUUCUUUGAUUGAUCAGGAUGUACAAGCCAAUUCUGUCAGAAAUGCAGGCAGCCAUACUAGAAAUUUGUUGAGAGUAAAACGCGGACUCGACAUGGUCAGAGUACUCUUUCAGCAAAUGAUAAUCACUGAAGGAAAUUCCCUUAGAGAUCCAGCUUCAAAAGCUUAUGAACAAGCGCUUGCACCUUAUCAUGGUUGGGCCAUCAAGAAGGCUGUUUCUGCUGGGAUGUAUCUUAUUCCUACGAAGGAACAGCUUUUGAAUAAACUCAACGAGGAUGCGGAGUCAGCGAAAGUCCAGAUGCAAAUUUAUGUCUCAGCAUCAGAAGCUGUAAUUCAAUACAUUGAUAAACUCUUUGAUUCCAGAAACUUGGGAACAGAUUGGUGAACCAUGGAUUGUAUUCAUAUUGUGUACAAUAUGAUUUUGUAUUGGGAAGUUAUAUGGGAUUAUUCAUGUAUUCAUCAGUAUCAUUUCUUAUAGAAGUUGUCUAUAUUGUGCAAUAUAGAUAUUUAAGAAUAAACUUUUAUUGCAGUCUUUCAAGGACUACAUUACUUGUUUGUCAA